UGAGGAACACUGUAACCAUCAAUGACUCCUUCAAGGACCGUGUUCUAGGAUGCUGCUACUCUGCCAUCAGAGCCAAUAGCCUACCAACCAAACUUGCUUUUUCAUCCGCCCUGGGUGAUGCUUCUGGGAUAAAGGCUUGAAAACCAUCUGUUCACCAUGGCAGACAAAGAUAGCGUGGAAAAAUACCUGGAGAACAACCCCCAAUUUGCCAAAGAAUACUUCGAUAAGAAGGUCCGUGCGGAGGUGCUGACAGCAGCCUUUUCGACUCAGGUUGAGGUCAAAGACACCGCUUCGUUCAAGGAUGUCAACUCCGUACAGGAAGCAGCCAUUAUUUUUGAGUUGGUCCAGGAGUUGCAGAAACAAGGAAACAUGGAGCAGUCUAUCCACAAAGUCUUACAGCGGUUGACAUUGAUUUUACAAGCGGACAGGGCUGGCUACUACCUUUGCCGGUCAAGAAAUGGGACUGCAGAGCUUUCUACCAACAUCUUUGACGUAACCCCAACAUCCAAGUUUGAGAGUAACUUGGUUCACCCACAAAGUGAAAUUGUUAUACCACUUGAAAUGGGCAUUGUUGGUUUGACUGCAUCGUCCAAAAAGCCACAAAAUGUUCCCGAUGUCACUCAGAAUAAGAAGUUUUGCGACUUUGUGGACAGGCAAACUGGAUACAAGACCAAAUGCAUGCUCACUUUUCCGUUGGUGGCGGAUAAAGAAUGUCUCGGAGUUGUCACAGUAUUAAAUAAGAUAGGAGCCAAUAGUUUUACUCCCGAGGAUGAAGCACUCUUCCAUAAAUACAUGAACUUUGCUCAAGUCAUUGCCCUGCAGCAUCACACGGCCUACAUGUUCAACGUGGAGUCACGAAGGAGUCAGGUUCUACUUUGGUCAGCUAGUAAAGUCUUUGAAGAAUUGACAGACAUAGAGCGGCAGUUCCACAAAGCCCUUUACACUGUGAGGACCUAUCUGAACUGUGACAGGUACUCAGUUGGACUUUUGGACAUGACCAAAGAGAAGGAAUUCUACGAUGAAUGGCCAGUAAAACUGGGGGAUGUUGAACCGUACAAAGGACCAAAAACUCCAGAUGGAAGGGAAGUCAACUUUUACAAAAUCAUUGAUUACCUGCUUGAAGGCAAAGAGGAAAUCAAAGUCAUACCGGCUCCACCUGCAGACCACUGGGCCCUUGUUAGUGGACUUCCAACUUAUGUGGCAGAGAACGGCUUUAUUUGCAACAUGAUGAAUGUGGCAGCUGAUGAAUACUUCACAUUCCAGAAAGAGGCAGUGGAUGAGACAGGAUUUGUUAUCAAAAAUGUCCUGUCACUACCCAUCGUCAACAAAAAAGAGGAAAUCGUGGGCAUUGCCACAUUCUUCAACAGGAAAGAUGGCAAGCCUUUUGAUGAAUACGAUGAACAGAUCACUGAGGCUUUAACACAGUUCCUUGGCUGGUCUGUACUGAACUGCGACACCUAUGACAAGCUUAAUCGCAUGGAAUACAGGAAAGACAUUGCCCAGGAGAUGCUUAUGUACCAGACAAGAUGCACCAAUGAUGAGAUGCAGUCCAUUUUGAACACUAAGGAGAAGUUUGAUGCCGAUCCUGAGGACUGCGAUCAGAAGGAAAUGUACAAGCUUUUGCGAGGAACCUGCCCACCAGCUGAUAACGUUGCAGGAGAAAAUCUGUACUCAUUUGCAUUCAGUGAUUUUCCUUCUUCAGAAUUUGAACUCAUCAAGGCAGGCAUUCGCAUGUUCUUUGAGCUUGGUGUGGUGGAAAAGUUCAAAGUUCCUGCAGAGACUCUGACCAGAUGGAUGUACACAGUAAGGAAGGGUUAUCGUUCUAUCACCUACCACAACUGGAGACAUGGCUUCAACGUAGGCCACACAAUGUUUUGUCUGCUGCAGACUGGAAAGUUGAGGAAGUACUACUCUGAUCUAGAUGCCUUCGCCAUGGUUGCGGCUGCAUUCUGCCAUGACAUCGACCACAGAGGAACAAACAACCUCUACCAGACAAAGAGUGCAGCUCCACUGGCCAAACUACAUGGCUCAUCGAUCAUGGAAAGGCACCAUUUGGAGUACAGUAAAACACUGAUGGCUCAGGAGAGCUUGAACAUCUUCUGCAACCUUCAGAAGCGCCAGUUUGAGAACGUGCAGCACCUGUUUGAUGUUUGCAUCAUCGCCACAGACCUGGCCCUCUACUUCAAAAAGAGGACUAUGUUCCAAAACAUAGUCAACGCCACUGAGCCCAUGACAGAUGAGAAGGAGGCCACUGCCUAUGUUUCAAAUAACUCAAUCAGAAAGGAGAUUGUUAUGGCAAUGAUGAUGACAGGCUGUGACCUGUCAGCUAUCACUAAACCGUGGGAGGUUCAGAGCAAGGUAGCUCUGAUGGUUGCUGCUGAAUUCUGGGAGCAAGGAGAUUUGGAGCGAUCGGUUUUGGACCAACAACCAAUUCCCAUGAUGGACAGGAACUGUUCUGAGCAGCUGCCCAAGAUGCAAUGUGGUUUCAUUGACUUUGUGUGUUCAUUUGUUUACAAGGAGUUUGCCAGAUUCCACAAAGAGAUCCAGCCCAUGUUUGAUGGCCUGAACAACAACAGGUCACACUGGAAUGAGCUGGCUGAGGUGUACAACGCCAAGAUGAAAGCCAUUGAAGACGAGAAGAAGAAGUUGGAAGAAGAGGAAGCCAGGAAAGCUGGUGAUGGAGGAAAAUCCAAAACAUGUACAGUUUCUUAACUUCUAUUCCCGGUUUGGACAAGUGGUAAGAGAUAUUCCGGGCGACUUCAGCAUGGUGAAAAGAGCCAUAUUCAUUUUUGGAUAUUUUUGUAAAAAGCAGAAGUUAGCAGCUUUAUUUAUCAUAAAUUCAAAUUAGGAUUUUGACUAGCCCACUACUACUUGCCAGUUUGUAGACAAAAUGGACCCACCCUCCAAAAUACGGUUAUCCUAAAUGUUCUUGAGAAACCAGAGGGAGUUGGCAAAAUGUGUGGCUCUAGCAGAAAUAUGUAUGCAGUUUCAUGACCUCCCAUAGCAUAGAGGACGUAUUUGCACGCACUCGUGAACUGUUGAGAAGAAUACUUCUGAAGUCUGUUUGACGUUGCAUGGUGCAUGUUGCUGCUUGUAUUGGCAGUAUGAUGAACAGCAGAGUGAAUGAUCAGAACAGAAUAUUUGACAGAAAAAUUGUAUAACAUAGCCAUUUUAAUUUUGGGUAAGAAAAAAAGUUAUGAAGGUAAUUGUUUAGAAAACAAAAAGCUGAGGCAAUAUCAGGGGUAAGAAGAUGUUACACUUUAAACAGGCUUGUAAUGUCCAGCUUUUAAGAACAAUACAGUAUGUAUUGUAUUUAUUUUGUACAUUCAUGUAUAACAAAACUGGAUUUCUUUUUCAAAUGUGAAAUAGUUUCUAAACAACACUGUAUUCAGUCCUUGUUGGGAAAUGUUUGACAGCCUGAAGUGAAUGACCAGCAGAAAGUUGAUGAUAUUAGAGCGAAAUAGGUGUAGAUUUUACCUCCCCCUCUCAAAUCUGAGGGGAAUGAUGGGUCACCUAACCGGAAGACGGUAUUUUUGGAGAAAUGUACCUGUUCGCUUCUGGGCAACGGCUUAAGGAUCACUCUCAACUCGGCAGCCCAGACAUCACUUACGUCAUCGCCAGCCACAAAGGGCAUCAAUCAAGGGAACCUAAUCUUUCUAAGGAAGCUUAGGGACUACAUGGAACCCUUUCGUUGUGAACUUGGGAGACUAUUGAAAUCCUUCAAAGACAUUUGUUUAAUACAUGCUCCUCUUUCACACAGCGGUCCCUGUCACUCUCUGUAACUUUCCAUGUGAACACAGUAUGUUACCCCACUGCAGUCAGUUUAAUGUGAAAAAAAAACAAACAAACCCAAAACUGUAUGUCAUCGCAUGUGUGCUGGCAAAUAAAAAUGAGUGAUCUAUACAGUGUUU